AUGAGCGACAUGCAAAAGACUCCCUUUGUGAGGGAGCUCGCAUCAAGCGACAAACGCAUCCGCGACAAAGCCACCGAAUCCCUCACCCUCUUCCUCCGCUCCAAGACCGACCUCUCCCUCGUCGAGCUGCUCAAGCUCUGGAAGGGCCUAUUCUACUGCUUCUACCACUCCGACCGCCCCCUAACGCAACAAUCGCUCGCGCGCGCCCUAACCUACAACCUCGUCCCGACCCUCCCCCGCAGCACGCUCCUGCCCUUCCUGCGCGCCUUCUGGAUAACCAUCGGGCGGGACUUUCACUCGCUGGACCGAUUGCGCUUGGACAAGUACUUGUAUCUGAUUAGAUGUUUUGUGGGGGUUGCUUUUGAGGUUUUGCUGAAGAAACCCGCCUCUUCUUCCGUGUCAGGCAGUGAAAGCGACAAGAAGCGCAAGAGGGCGGACGACGCUGCUGCUGCUGCUGCGUCCAACAAGAAGAGAGGCGGGAAGAAGGGCAAAUCCUCUCCUCCCAACGACUCCUCCUCCUCCACCACAAACCAACCUGAAGAAGGCCAAUGGUCCACCCUAGAAUCAUACAUCACUAUCAUCAGCGACGGCCCCCUCUGCCCGCGCAACUUCGACCCGGAUCAAGCACCCGCCGACGAAGCCAACGACUACGUGCCGAUGCCGCACGGCCCCGACGGCCUGCGGUACCAUAUUCUGGAUCUGUGGGUGGAUGAGCUGGAGAAGGUUCUUGAGUUCGAUAGUGAGGAUGAGUCGACGCGGAAACCGAAGGAGGGUGGGCCGCCGGCGGAGUUGUUGCUGAGGCCGAUUGAGACGCUGCUGCGCGAGAGCCCGUACAAGCCUGUGAGGGUGCGUGCUGCGGAGGCGUUGGCUGAUGAGAGGCUUGUGCAGUGGGGGUGGAAGGAGGCGAAGGUUGAGGAGGAUAGUGAUGAUGGGAGUGAGUGGGGUGGGUUUGAUUGA